AUGGCAGGUGAACAGAAACCCUCAAGUAACCUCCUAGAACCGUUUAUCCUUCUGGCCAAUGGCACCAGUGACUCAGCCCUCACCGCUCUCAUAAGCCAAGUCCUGGAGGCACCUGGAGUCCACGUUUUUGGAGAACUGCUAGAGCUGGUCAAUGUACAGGAGCUCGCAGGAGUGAGUGCCACCUACUUUCAGCUGCUGAACCUGUUUGCCUAUGGAGCGUACCCAGAUUACAUAGCCAACAAGGAGAGCCUGCCCAAGCUGAGCACCGCCCAGCAGAACAAACUGAAGGACCUCCCCAUCGUGAGCCUGGCCUCCAGGAUGAAGUGCAUCCCCGACUCGGUGCUGUUGGAGAACCUGCAGAUGCGCAGCCUGCGGGAGCUGGAAGACCUCAUCAUUGACAUCCUCCAUGGCAAGCUGGACCAGCCAACCACCAACCAGCUGCUGGAAGUGGAUGUCUGCAUUGGCCGGGACAUCCACAAGAAAGACAUCAACAACAUCAUCAAGACCCUGCACGAGUGGUGUGACGGCUGUGAAGCAGUGCUGUUAGGCAUGGAGCAGCGAGUCCUGAGAGCCAACCAGUACAAAGAGAACUCCUACCAAACUCAGCAGCAGGAGGAGACAGAGGUCACCAACAUCGAGAAGAUGCUCAAAGCCACCACGUCGUCCUCCACGCAGGAGAUGGAGCAGCAGAUGGCCGAGCUGGAGUGCCCCUCAUGCUGA